CCUAACAAAAUUCAGAUUUCUUGUAGUAAUAUCUUUACUGUUUAUUUGAGUUGCCAUCAACAUCUACGAGCUCUGAACCAAAUCCAGAUCCCCGAGUUGAAGAAAACUCAUCAAAACCCGAGUUGGCACGCACAACUCUCCAUACGAGAUCCAUGAGUGACCAGAUGAGCUUAAUCAGAACAAGCUCCAUGGGUACCGGUUCUUUCUCACCCGACUCAGCUCUCCACUCGCCAAAGCUCCACAAAAUCAUAUCCGGCAAAGAAGUUACGGAAGAAGAAGUGCAAGACAACUGGAGCAGUGUCCAGGAACCCAGAAAGAAGGGGGUAGUAAGGAUGUUUGGUAGAAUGAGGAAAAAGGGUUCGAGUAAGAGCCUGUCGGACUUGGAAUUCGAGGAGCUAAAAGGGUUCAUAGAUCUGGGAUUUGUUUUCUCGGAGGAAGAUAAUAAGGAUUCAAGGUUGGUGGAGAUAAUCCCUGGCUUGCAGAGAUUGGGAAAGAAAGUAGAUGGGAACGAAGAGAUCAAAGAAGGCGGUGGUGAUGAUAGGGCUGAAGUUUCAAGACCUUACCUAUCAGAAGCAUGGGAGGCUGCAGAAACUAGAAGAGGAAGAAGAAGAAGAAAGGAAAACCCUUUGAUGAAUUGGAGAGUGCCUGAUGUGGAUAAUGAGAUCGACAUGAAGGACAGCCUUAGGUGGUGGGCUCAUACUGUUGCCUCUACAAUCAAAUGAUGAUAAUUCACCAUUUCAAGGUUUUGGGGGGUUUUCCCCCAAUUUCAAUCAGUAGAUUCACUUUUUUUUUCUUCUUUUAAU